AUGGCUGCCACACUGUGUGAGAACUGUUCUGGUCAGUACCACUCCAGUUAUGUCCACCAACCACUUGAAAUCAGCUGCAUGUUGCUCCUGAUUAUCCUCGGAAAAGUGUUCCUCGAUUUCUUCAUGCUGCAAGUGAAGCAAAAAAAUGUGAAAGUUAGUUUUAUGGGGUACUUUUGUGUUUCACUGGCACUGCUGGAUUUCACACUGCUGAUGAGUAUAUCCUUCAUUUUCUAUUUUGAGGACUUUGCUCUCUGGGGUAUGCGAUUCACUAAGUACCACAUUUGUCUCUUCACUCAAAUAAUCUCUCUUACCUACAGUAUCGUGCACUACCCAGUGUAUCUCGUGGCUGGCCUGGAUUAUUACAUGACUGUAGCCCAAACCUCUCAGUUUCCUAGAAGAGGGCACAGGAUACUUUAUGUGCUGCUUGUGGUUGUUAUAUGGAUUUCAGGGUUUUUCUGCAUUCUGACCGCUCCUCCUGUCUAUGGAGAACUAGAAAUGCAGAACCGUUUUUCUCCUUAUCAGUGUCCUCUCUAUGCCAGCCUGCAGAGCUACUCGGUCUCAUGUGCUGUGGUGCUGCUCGUGGGCACAGCUCUCCUGGCCUGUUGGAGGGAAGUUUUAAGCAUGCUGCUGUCUGUCAGGGUCAUUUCCUUCUCCAGUCAGCCUGUUCUGAUGUUCUCCUACAUGUCUAACAACAGCGGCACCAGCUUUAAGUGGCAGCUCCUGACCAGACUCCUCGUCUGUUUCCUGGGCACUUGGGCACCUUUUGUUCUCCUUCAAGUUAUCAUUUUGUUUCUUGGUGCUCAGAUUCCAGCCUACAUGGAGAUGAACGUCCCCUGGCUGUACUUCAUCAACAGCUUUCUCAUUGCAGUGGCAUACUGGUGCCGCUGUCAGGACGUUGAACUGACAGAGGAGACAUGGGCUACAGAUCCAUUUGUCAGCUGGAAAUUCUGCUUUAUGCCGUUUAACAAUGAAAACACAGAGCCAGCUGAUAAGCUGGGCACAGUAGUUGUUAUCUGUUAA